GGAAAAAAAAAAAGAAAGAAGAACGACCGUCAAAGUCUCAUCUCAGAGAUCUAACGGCUAUAAACUAACUCUCAAUCUUAGGGUUUCAGAACAUUCUAGAACUCCACUCCUUAUAUAAACUCCCCCUUUUUCCCCCUACCUCCUCCUUGCAAACCCUAGUUCUCCAAACCUCUUUGCUGCCUCUCCUUUUUCUUCACUCGCCGACACUAAACGAAGGAGAGAGAAACAGUAACAAUAAUGGCGGGAAAGGGUGAAGGUCCGGCAAUCGGAAUCGAUCUAGGAACAACGUACUCCUGCGUUGGUGUAUGGCAACAUGAUCGUGUUGAAAUCAUCGCUAAUGAUCAAGGUAACAGGACGACGCCGUCAUAUGUUGGAUUUACUGACUCUGAGAGGCUUAUUGGUGAUGCUGCUAAGAAUCAGGUUGCUAUGAAUCCUAUCAACACUGUUUUUGAUGCAAAAAGGUUGAUUGGUAGGAGAUUCAGCGAUGUGUCAGUGCAGAGUGACAUCAAGCAUUGGCCAUUUAAGGUCAUUUCUGGACCUGGUGAUAAGCCAAUGAUUGUUGUCAACUACAAGGGUGAAGAGAAGCAGUUUGCUGCUGAGGAAAUCUCUUCUAUGGUGCUUAUUAAGAUGAGGGAGAUUGCUGAAGCUUUCUUGGGUUCGACUGUCAAGAAUGCUGUGGUUACCGUUCCAGCCUACUUUAAUGACUCUCAGCGUCAGGCCACUAAGGAUGCUGGUGUUAUUGCUGGUCUGAAUGUUAUGCGUAUUAUCAAUGAACCUACAGCAGCUGCCAUUGCUUAUGGUUUGGAUAAGAAGGCAACUAGUGUUGGUGAGAAGAAUGUGUUGAUCUUUGAUCUUGGUGGUGGUACCUUCGAUGUCUCUCUCCUUACCAUUGAGGAAGGUAUAUUUGAGGUUAAGGCUACCGCCGGAGACACUCAUCUUGGAGGUGAGGACUUUGACAAUAGGAUGGUCAACCAUUUUGUUCAGGAAUUCAAGAGGAAGAACAAGAAGGAUAUCAGCGGUAAUCCUAGGGCACUCAGAAGGUUGAGAACUGCUUGUGAGAGGGCAAAGAGGACCCUUUCAUCCACUGCUCAGACCACAAUUGAGAUUGAUUCUCUUUAUGAGGGUAUCGAUUUCUAUUCCACCAUUACCCGUGCUAGAUUUGAAGAGCUUAACAUGGAUCUGUUCAGGAAGUGUAUGGAACCAGUUGAGAAGUGUUUGAGAGAUGCUAAGAUGGACAAGAGCACUAUCCAUGAUGUUGUACUUGUUGGUGGCUCCACUAGAAUUCCCAAGGUUCAGCAACUCCUGCAAGACUUUUUCAAUGGGAAGGAGCUCUGCAAGAGCAUUAACCCUGAUGAAGCUGUUGCUUAUGGUGCUGCUGUACAAGCUGCAAUUUUGAGUGGUGAAGGUAACGAAAAGGUGCAAGACCUGUUGCUGUUGGAUGUUACCCCUCUUUCCCUUGGUCUGGAAACUGCUGGUGGUGUCAUGACUGUCUUGAUUCCCAGAAACACCACUAUCCCAACCAAGAAAGAGCAGGUCUUCUCAACCUAUUCAGAUAACCAACCAGGUGUGUUGAUCCAGGUCUAUGAAGGUGAGAGAACUAGGACCAGGGACAACAACUUGCUUGGUAAAUUUGAGCUCUCUGGUAUUCCUCCUGCUCCCAGGGGUGUUCCUCAGAUCACUGUGUGCUUUGACAUUGAUGCCAAUGGUAUCUUGAAUGUAUCUGCUGAGGACAAGACUACUGGACAAAAGAACAAGAUCACCAUCACCAAUGACAAGGGCAGACUCUCCAAGGAGGAGAUUGAAAAGAUGGUUCAAGAAGCAGAGAAAUACAAGUCUGAAGAUGAAGAGCACAAGAAGAAGGUUGAGGCAAAGAAUGCUUUGGAGAACUAUGCUUACAACAUGAGGAACACCAUCAAGGACGAGAAGAUUGCAUCCAAACUGACUGAAGCUGACAAGAAGAAGAUUGAGGAUGCUAUUGAGCAGGCCAUCCAGUGGCUUGAUGCCAACCAGCUUGCUGAGGCCGAUGAAUUUGAGGACAAGAUGAAGGAGUUGGAGAGCAUCUGCAAUCCAAUUAUUGCCAAGAUGUACCAAGGUGCUGGUGGUGACAUGGGUGCUGACAUGGGCGAUGAUGAUGGCCCUGCUCCUGGUGGUGGCAGUGGUGCUGGUCCUAAGAUCGAGGAGGUCGACUAAGCUGUUUUCUGUUCCUCAUGUUUUGGUUUCAAUUACUUUUAUCCCCAAGAACUCCAUUUAUUGUUUCUGCAUUGUAGUUUUUAGUUAAUGAUACUUUUGCGUAUUUUGGCUUGUUUAUCAAGUAUACUUCAUAUUUGGAUCUAUAAUUUCAGAUUUUGCUGAAAGUUUGGCUA